CAAGCCUGAUUCUUAGAGCUGGGGGAAUGAAUAGAACUGGUUUUGUUGUCCAUCUCUGUUAAAGUUGUACUGGAUUUUGAGAGAAGGGACUUUGUGAUGUAUACAAGGGCAUUAAAGAGGAACCAGAGAUGGGGUUUGGUAUUUCAGCAAGCCAAAUACUUAGUUAGGCCAGCCGUUCGUGAGUAUACGGUUUCCAGAUCUUGUGGAUUCACAAAUACAUUAACAAAUCAUUUAACUAAUAGUGCAAAUUUGACAAGAAAGUCUCUACUUGGUUCAUUUUCUCCCCGCGGUGGUACUAUUGCCUCGGGGAAUUGUUUAAGUAUUUUGAAGAAUAGUCAGUUGCGUAGUUUUAGUUCUGAGGGUGAUGGGAGGAAUGCUAGUGAGGAUAAACAUAUCUCUUUGAACAAAGGGAAUGGGGUAGAUGAUGGAAAAACCGGGAAGGAUAAAAGUAAUAGCAGUGUUGGGCAUUUGGAUUCUCAUGCUCAACUUGGAGAACAGGACCAAAUAGAAUGGCUCAAUAAUGAGAAGCUUGCUAGUGAAUGCAAAAAGAAGGAGUCACCUUUCCUUAAUAGACGAGAAAGAUUCAAAAACGAGUUCUUACGGAGAAUCCAACCUUGGGAAAAAAUACAGCUUUCGUGGGAGACCUUCCCUUACUAUAUCCACGACCACACGAAAAAUAUUUUGGUGGAAUGUGUUACCUCACAUAUAAGACAAAAGAAUGCCGCUUCCAUAUAUGGUGCCCGUUUAGAAUCUUCAAGUGGAAGAAUAUUGCUCCAGAGUGUUCCAGGUACUGAGCUUUACCGGGAGAGGUUGGUACGAGCACUUGCUCGAGAUGUACAAGUUCCCCUGUUGGUUCUUGACAGCAGCGUUCUUGCCCCAUAUGAUUUUGCUGAUGACUACAAUGAAGAUUCUGAAUCUGAUGGUGAGAACGCAGAAGCGGAAGCAGAUGAGUCCACGACAGAGUCUGAAGCUGAGGAAGAAUCUGGUGCUCAAAGCGAGGAGGAUUCUGAAGCGAAAACAGAUGGGAGUGACAAUGAGGAAGCUUGUCUCGAGGUUUCUGAGGAAGCUAUCAAGAAAAUUGUGCCAAAACUUGAGGAGUUCGAAAAGCUAGUAGCAGAAGAACUACAUGGUUCUGGUGAAGCUUGCGAGGCGGCAGCUGUUGAGCAUUCUGAAAAAGCCAGGCGACCGGCAAAGAAAGGAGAUCGUGUAAAAUAUGUUGGGCCUUCUAAGAAGGCUGAUGCAAAGCACAGGCCAUUAUCUAGCGGACAACGUGGAGAGGUCUAUGAGGUGAAUGGGAACCGUGUUGCGGUCAUAUUUGACAAUGUAGGUGAGACAUCAUCAGAGGGAAACGAGAAGAAAUCAACAGAGCACUCCCAUAAGCUACAUAUGCACUGGAUAGAUGUCGGACACCUAAAGCAUGAUUUGGAUAUGCAGGCAGAAGAUGGCUAUAUCGCCAUGGAAGCUUUAAGUGAGGUUUUGCAAUCCACGCAACCACUUAUUGUCUAUUUUCCCGACUCGUCACAGUGGUUGUCUAGAGCUGUACCUAAGUCAAAACAAAAUGAGUUUGUAAACAAAGUUCAGGAAAUGUUUGAUAAAUUGUCAGGUCCUGUUGUAAUGAUCUGCGGGCGAAACAAGACUGAAACAGGCUCAAAAGAGAGAGAGAAAUUUACAAUGAUACUCCCAAACUUCGGCCGUCUUGGGAAACUGCCCCUUCCGUUGAAGCAUCUCACUGAAGGACUCACGGGAAGGAAAACAUCAGAGGAUAAUGAGAUAUACAAGCUCUUCACUAAUGUUAUGAACCUACUCCCUCCUAAGGAAGAAGAUAACCUCGUAGUAUUCAACAAACAACUCGGAGAAGACAGAAGAAUUGUGGUGUCACGGAGCAAUUUAAAUGAGCUACUUAAGGCGCUUGAGGAAAACGAGUUGUUGUGCACUGACUUGUACCAAGUGAACACCGAUGGCGUGAUAUUGACAAAGCAAAGAGCGGAGAAAGUUAUUGGCUGGGCCAGAAACCACUAUUUAUCUUCUUGUCCUAGCCCAUCGAUUAAAGAAGGCCACCUGAUUCUGCCCCGUGAAAGCAUUGAGAUUUCAGUUAAAAGGCUAAAGGCACAAGAAGAUGUUUCUCGAAAGCCCACACAUAACUUGAAGAAUAUUGCAAAGGAUGAGUACGAAACAAAUUUUGUCUCAGCUGUGGUUGCUCCUGGAGAAAUUGGGGUAAAGUUUGACGACAUUGGUGCUCUUGAACAUGUGAAAAAGGCACUAAAUGAGUUGGUUAUUCUUCCCAUGAGAAGGCCAGAGCUUUUCACCCGUGGAAAUCUCUUGCGGCCAUGUAAAGGCAUAUUGCUUUUUGGUCCUCCUGGUACGGGUAAAACGCUACUUGCCAAGGCGCUUGCAACAGAAGCUGGGGCGAACUUCAUUAGCAUAACUGGCUCAACGCUUACCUCAAAGUGGUUUGGAGAUGCAGAGAAGCUCACAAAGGCUUUGUUCUCCUUUGCAAGCAAACUAGCCCCUGUCAUUAUAUUUGUUGAUGAGGUUGACAGUUUGUUGGGUGCUCGUGGUGGUGCUUUUGAGCAUGAGGCAACCCGAAGAAUGAGAAAUGAGUUUAUGGCAGCUUGGGAUGGACUCAGAUCAAAAGAUAGCCAAAGGAUUCUCAUUCUCGGUGCCACCAACCGACCUUUUGAUCUUGAUGACGCUGUCAUUCGUAGGCUACCAAGACGGAUAUAUGUCGAUUUACCAGAUGCGGAAAACCGGUUGAAGAUUUUGAAGAUAUUCCUGACACCAGAAAAUCUUGAAACUGGUUUCGAGUUUGAAAAACUUGCAAAGGAAACCGAAGGAUACUCAGGAAGCGAUCUGAAGAAUCUAUGCAUAGCUGCUGCAUACAGACCUGUGCAAGAGUUGUUACAAGAAGAAAACAAGGACUCAGUAGCAAAUGCAUCCCCUGAUCUACGACCACUGAGUUUGGACGACUUCAUUCAAUCUAAAGCUAAGGUAAGUCCGUCUGUGGCAUACGACGCGACGACAAUGAACGAAUUGAGAAAAUGGAACGAGCAAUACGUGCCGAAGUCAGUGACGGUUGAGGAGGACGACGCUGCGGCGGAGGCGGCGAUUGAGGAGCGGUGGAGUCUUUACGAAGCUUACAAUGAGUUACACGCUUUGGCGCAGGAAUUGGAGACGCCGUUCGAAGCACCGGCGGUUCUUGUGGUGGGACAGCAGACGGACGGUAAGAGUGCGCUUGUUGAAGCUCUCAUGGGGUUUCAAUUUAACCACGUCGGUGGCGGAACCAAGACUCGCCGGCCGAUUACUCUUCAUAUGAAGUACGAUCCUCAGUGUCAAUUCCCGCUUUGUCAUCUCGGAUCUGAUGAUGAUCCUUCCGUUUCUCUUCCCAAAUCUCUCUCACAAAUUCAGGCAUAUAUUGAAGCCGAGAACAUGAGGCUGGAGCAAGAGCCAUGCCCAUUCUCUUCUAAGGAGAUUAUUGUGAAAGUGCAGUAUAAGUACUGUCCCAACCUUACCAUCAUUGAUACACCUGGACUUAUAGCUCCUGCACCAGGACUGAAAAACCGAGCUCUCCAGGUUCAAGCACGGGCUGUGGAAGCUCUAGUCCGAGCCAAGAUGCAACACAAAGAGUUCAUUAUUUUAUGCCUUGAAGAUAGCAGUGACUGGAGCAUUGCAACUACUCGAAGGAUAGUGAUGCAAGUUGAUCCUGAGCUUUCUAGGACGAUUGUUGUUUCUACAAAGCUUGACACCAAAAUCCCUCAAUUCUCAUGUUCAUCUGACGUGGAAGUCUUCCUCUCACCUCCUGCAAGCGCACUUGACAGCUCCUUAUUGGGCGAUUCUCCUUUUUUCACGUCUGUGCCUUCUGGAAGAGUUGGCUAUGGACAGGAUUCAGUAUAUAAGUCUAAUGACGAGUUCAAACAGGCUGUGUCACUUAGAGAAAUGGAAGACAUUGCAUCUUUAGAGAAGAAGUUGGGCCGUUUGCUGACAAAACAGGAAAAGAGUAGGAUUGGCAUCAGUAAACUGAGGUUGUUUCUCGAAGAACUACUCUGGAAAAGGUACAAAGAGAGUGUUCCGUUGAUCAUUCCACUGUUAGGAAAGGAGUACCGCAGUACAGUCAGAAAGCUGGAUACCGUUAGCAAGGAACUUAGCUCUUUAGAUGAAGCAAAACUCAAAGAGAGAGGCAGGACUUUCCAUGAUCUCUUCUUAACCAAGUUAUCGCUGUUAUUGAAAGGAACAGUUGUGGCUCCUCCUGAUAAAUUUGGUGAGACACUGCAAGAUGAAAGGACACAAGGAGGAGCAUUUGUUGGUACUGAUGGUCUCCAGUUCCCACAUAAGCUAAUACCAAAUGCAGGGAUGCGUCUUUAUGGGGGUGCGCAGUAUCACCGUGCCAUGGCCGAGUUUCGUUUUCUAGUUGGUGCUAUCAAAUGUCCCCCAAUAACACGGGAGGAAAUUGUAAAUGCAUGUGGAGUUGAAGAUAUUCAUGAUGGAACAAACUAUUCCAGAACAGCUUGUGUUAUAGCAGUUGCGAAGGCUCGUGAAACGUUUGAACCUUUCCUUCAUCAGUUGGGGGCGAGGCUUCUACACAUUCUCAAGAGAUUGCUUCCAAUUUCUGUAUAUCUUCUUCAGAAAGAAGGGGAAUACUUAAGUGGACAUGAGGUGUUUCUCAAGCGGGUUGCUUCAGCUUUCAACAGUUUUGUGGAGUCCACAGAAAAAUCAUGUCGUGACAAAUGUAUGGAGGACUUAGCAAGUACAACUCGCUAUGUUACAUGGUCUCUUCACAACAAGAACCGAGCUGGUCUACGUCAAUUCUUGGACUCAUUUGGCGGAACAGAGCAACUUACUACAUCAGGUAAUGCCAUAGGAUUUAGUCUUCCCCAAGAUGCACCAGGUGGCACAACAGACACAAAGUCAAGAACAGAUGUAAAGCUAAGCCAUCUCGCCUCAAACAUCGAUUCAGGUUCCAGUAUUCAGACAACAGAAAUGCGGUUGGCUGAUCUUCUAGAUAGCACGCUUUGGAACCGCAAGCUUGCUCCUUCCUCUGAGAGAAUUGUGUACGCAUUGGUCCAACAGAUAUUUCAGGGCAUACGAGAAUACUUUCUCGCCUCUGCUGAGUUAAAGUUCAACUGUUUUCUUCUAAUGCCCAUCGUUGAUAAGUUACCUGCUCUUCUCCGGGAAGAGUUGGAAAACGCAUUUGAAGACGACCUCGAUAGUAUCUUCGACAUCACAAAUCUCCGGCAAUCACUUGAUCAAAAGAAACGGAGCACAGAGAUCGAGCUCAGAAGGAUAAAGAGGAUAAAAGAGAAAUUCAGGGUGAUGAAUGAGAAGCUAAACUCUCACGAAUUUGCUCAAAAUCUAAAGGCUCCUUCGGUUCAGCAGUGACUCAAGUUCAAUAUUGCUUAAUAUUUAGAGGUUAAGAAACAAUCUCAUGUGUU